UGCACACGAGAUGGUGGACUCGAGAGAGAAGGAGAUUCGGUGGAGGGCAACAAGGUCGUUGUGCUGAGUCUUUUUCGUUUGAUUGUUUUUGGGGAUCAAUGCAUUGAACAACGAUAGUGACAACGCCCUGGACAACGCCUUACACAAGGAUGACUGGUGAGCGUGGACAACUUUGAAUCUUCGCGGGCCCUCUUCCACUUCAUCUGUGUGUGUGUUUGUGUGUGUGUGUGUGUCUGCAGGCGAGGCGGAGGCGGUUGGCCCGCCAGCCGCCGAAUACGAUGAGUACGGCUUCGUCGUUCCGGCUGGCGCCCUGGGCCGUGAGAUCGUCCGCUACAAGCAGCAGUUCCAGCCAAAAGCAGAGAGGAGGGUCACACGGUGAGCAGUGACAGUCACACCAGGCCAUGGCACGCUGAGGCAGUGGAAGGUUCGUGUGCUUCUCGUCAGGUGGGAGAGGUUCCGUCGUGCAGAUCCCUCUCUUUCGAACCGCCGGCGGCUCAAGCGGCUGGUGCGCAAGGGCAUACCAGACUCGUUCAGGUCGGCAGACCGACUGCACUUGCACUUGCCGACCCCGACGGGCACUUGUCUUGUCUUGUCUGCUCUGCUGUGCCGUGUGGUGUGUGCGCAGGAAGGAGAUUUGGGCUCACUGUCUGGGCAGUCAGCGGCUCAGGGAUGCCAACCCAAACAAAUUCGAAAGGCGAGCCGACAGACAACAGACAGACAAGGAAGAGGGGCACAGGACAGGUCGACUGUUCUGACGUUUUUCGUCCCCGUCGUUUUGUCAGUUUGCUUCGCGAGCCGCUGUCUGACGAGACGCUGAGCCAGAUCGAGCUCGACCUCACACGCACAUUCCCUAACAACAAACUGGUGAGUGGGGGAGGGGGGAGGGGAGGAGGGGAAGCACCGGCAGACAUGGGUCUUUGUGUGUGCGUCAGUAUAAGUACGAGGAUGGUGUGGCGAAGCUGCGCCGGGUACUGCGGGCGUUCGCCGUCCACAACGUGCGGGUCAACUACUGCCAGUCGCUCAACUUCAUCGCCGCGGUGCUGCUGCUCUUCAUGGACGAGGAGCUCGCCUUCUGGACACUGGUACGUCCAUCGGCGGUGUGAUGCUCUCACCAACACCAGCACGUGUGCAUUGCCUUUGCGUGUGUGCAGGCGCAGGUGGUGUCCAGUGAGGAGGGUGCGAAGGGUCUGCACAUCGAUGGCUACUACGUCGAGGGCAUGGACCAACUCAGAGCAGACCUACGUGUAAGCACCCGACUCACGCACCGCCAGCAGACACAAAGCACGGCCAAGUGUGGACUCAUCGGUGUGUUAGGCGUUGGAGCGUAUCGUCCAGCGCAAGUUCCCCAAUGCGUAUGCGUCGCUGCGGCGGGAGGGUGUCGAGCUGGAGUGGGUCUGCCAAGAGUGGUUCCACACCCUCUUCUCGACUGUGCUGCCGGUAGACAGACAUGUCACACGCACCUUCAUGAAUGCCUCCGUGCCAGAAGCACCUUGUCUGGCUCGUUCGUUGCAGAUCCAGACGACCCUCCGUGUGUGGGACUGCCUCUUCCUGGAAGGCCACAAGAUCCUUUUCAGGUCCGCAGACAGACGGACAGACAGACAGACAGAGGGCCAUGUGUGCGACAGCCGUCCGUUACCCACCGUCUUGUGUGUCGAUGUCAUGCGUCAGGGUGGCGUUAGCGAUCUUCAAGGAGAACGAGCUGCGGAUCAGCAAGUUCCAGAGCCUCGAGGAAGUCAUGGUCAGCAUGCGAGAAAUCAGCAGCCACCAGGUCACACAAACAGACAGACCGACCGACCGACCGACAGACAGACAGCGAAAGCUUUGCAGACAGCGGCCAACCACCUUUACCUGCAGGUUGACCACAACUCGCUUCUCAAGGCAGCAUUCAAGGGCAUCGGAAGGCUCAAACGGUGAGUCACACACCAUUGUUUCGCUGACUGAACGAUACACUCUCUCCUAUUUCCGGUCCGUCAGGGCUCAGAUCCGUCGCGAGCAAGCCUACGGCGAGAGGAUGGUCGCCGAGGAGAAUGCCGCCGCCCAGGCGAGGCGCGAGAGGCACAACCAGGCCCACCCUCCACCCCCAGCGAAGCCGCAGCUACCGGCCCUUGACAAUCCUGGGCAUGGUGAAGCUGGAGGGAGCGGCGAGGAGAGCCCCGUGGGGGCGGCGGUGAGGGAGGCGGCACGGCGGCUCGAGAGUGUGAUCGAUAGCUGCUACGACUCCAUCCUCGGCGAUGGAGAUGACGACGUGGACGUGUCGCCUGUGGAUGGGGAGCCGCCGGCCGCCAGGCUCCCUGGCAGCAUACCCGCACUUUCUCCAGACAGUGUCUUUUCUUAUCUGGGAGUGUCGGUGUCGUCGAUGCUGCAGCCGAGCAAUUCGAGCGAUGCGACGCGGUCGUCGGUCAAUGUGCAUCGGGGGGACAACGCACUGGCGACUUCGCCAGCCAAGUGAUCGAUCCAAGAGAGAUGCUGGUGGGGCGGAGGGGGGGGAGAUGGGGGGUUUUUGGUUGGUAUUUGUGUAAGGCAGGCAGGUUACUUGGGGCCGGCUGGCUGCAGUAGUACGUGGGGUUGGCAUUUGUUAAGUUGUGAGUGUGACGGACGGACGGACGGGUGUGCAUCUGUCGUCAGUGAGACAUCUGUCGACCUUCUCGGACACAAACCAAG